AUGACGAAGUCAUUCCCUCUUUCUCAUCCCUCACACCGAACAAAAGAACUAACCGAGGUAACUUUGUCACAGGAUUCAUACCGCCUCCCAGAGGGCAUGAAACGUAUCGGAUACGACGCCGAUUCAGGGCGGUAUUAUUUCCGCGAUCGGGAUGGGUCGACGUGGGUUGGCGAGGAGGGGGUGGAGGUCGGUGAAAUGACGAGAGGUUCGUCUUUGUCCUUGUUCUUGAAGCGCCAAAAAUCCCUGAUGGUAAAUGCUUUGGUAACAGUGUCGUCUUUGCCCGCGUCCGUUGUCCAGCGCCCAGAAGACGACGUAGAAGCUGCGCCUCGCCCUAGAGGGAACGGGUAUCAAUUGCUCAGCGGGGAUCAUACCCGUCCAAUGGCCACCACCACCGCCCCCUUCUCCCACCCAUCACCCUACCGCACCCUCUUCCCCUUCUUCCUCCUCAUCGCCGUCAUCCUCCUCCUAAUCUGGCGCGUCGUCCUCUCCCCCUCUCUUUUUUCCCCUACAAAACCAAAGGUGUGCCCCGAGGGGACUAGGUCGUACUACGUACAGCCCGGCGAAUCGUGUUGGGACCUCGCCACGGCAAGUGGCUGGGAAUAUGAAAGAUUUAAGGAGGUUAAUACGAAGGUUGAGUGUGAGCCGCUUAUGCCUGGGACGUCGGUUUGUUUACCUGUGAGGAAGGAGUUGGUUGGGUGGAAGGCUGUUGAGAAGAUUAGUGGGGAUGGGGAGGCGAAGGGGAGCAGGAGGAGGAGGGGGAGUUUACGACUUUGA